CGCCUCGUCAGGCCAGAUCCGAUCCCGACGAACGCCAUCCAAACGAGAUCGACAGACGUGACGGACGGCGCUGCGCACCGAGCCCUCCCCCCCCUCCUCCCCGUUUACUUCCGCUCGCGAUGGUCUACUACUUCACCUCCAAGGCGGUGGACCCGCCCGCCUUCAUCUACGUCGGCAAGGACAAGUUUGAGAAUGAGGAGCUGAUCAAGUACGGCUGGGAGGAGGAUGUCUGGUUCCACGCCGACAAGCUCUCAUCGGCACAUAUCUACCUCCGCCUUCCCGACCCCAAGGACCCUACCAACACCUCCCCCAUGACGUGGGAUACCAUCCCCGAGCCGCUCCUUGUCGACCUCGCCCAGCUCACCAAGGCCAACUCCAUCGAGGGCAAUAAGAAGGACAACGUCACCGUCAUCUACACCCCCUGGUCCAACCUCAAGAAGGACGGCAGCAUGGCCGUCGGCCAAGUCUCCUUCAAGGACCCCCGCAAAGUCAAGAAGAUCCUCGUGCCCCAGCGCGAGAACCCCAUCGUCAACCGCCUCAACAAGACAAAAGUCGAGAAGAAGCCCGACCUCAAGCAGGAGAGGGACGACAGGCUCAGGGAGCUGAGGAAGAGGGACCAGGCCUCCGCUCUCGAGAGGAAACGAGAAGAGGCCCGCAUCGCCCAGGAGCGCAAGGAGAAGAAGUGGCAGAAGGACCAUGCCUACGAUGACAUCUUCACCGAGGAGAACAUGGAGGCGACGAGCAACCAGAACCGCUCCGCCGACUGGGAGGAUGACUUUAUGUAAAAGGUCUGCGUGGCUCGCUCUCUCGCUCCCUCCAUGUCUUUUUUCUUUUUCUUUUUUUUUUCUUUGUGCCUAAGUUAGCUUAUUUGCUAGCAGAGAAUCCAAAAGGAAGGGAAACACAAUCGGUGAAGAGAUGCAGGUGACACUGCACACACAUCAUGUCCCACACUUGUGCUAGCAGCCCAGCAGGGUAUCCUGUUCGCAUACAUAGUCCUUUGGAAUCAUGGAACCAGCGUGAUCUAUCGAGACCGCGUGAUCGGGGAUGGCCCGAACACGAAUGUCUGCAGAGCCUCAACCACAUAGUCCUGAACCUUGCGCAGAAAGCUUUCCGGGCAUACCCACCGAGGGCCUAUAAAUAAUCUGCCAGCCCACCAAGUCAAUUCAUCUUUUCUCUCCUCAACAUACCAACUUCAUCCUUCUUAACCCCCCC